CCCUGAGGUUAUUAACAAGGCGGUUUUUUUUAAUUAAAUAUUUGCAGGGAUGUGUUGAGGACAACUCACUGACUUGCAAGGUUCCACUUUGUAUGCUAUGCAGUCUCAAGAACCAUAGGCCAGAAUCUUAUUAUAUUUAUUAUGUUAAACUUUAGAAGAAGAAAAGUUAAGUCAAAUGGUUGUUGUGAGAAAUCAAAAUGUGAUGUCACGAUUAUCCUGAUGGGUUGUGCUGCUACACUCUUGGUGGGCCCUCAUCGUGUUCCACGUGGGAGUCACAUGCAACACCUGGUGGUUAAAUGUGGUAUUAGCACACAUGUAGUAUUUGGCUUAAUAUGAAACCGGGCCCAACCCUGUACGUGAGUGCUUUGAUUUUUGGUGAUGUAAUAACUCACGGUCAGCAUGGUUUUCAAUCCAAAUGCUAUUAGAAAUACUAGAUUGUUCAAACAAACAUUUCACCUUAGUGGCAGAAUUAAAACUUGGACCAUCAAAGUCUGGUGCUGCCUCAGUGUUUAAAGUUCAACAAUUCAUGCUGAGUAUGUGGGUGUUUAGAUAAUAUGCUAUAUGUGUUAGCACUGGACCCAACUUCCCUUCAAAGCAGUAUAGUUACGUCCUCCUAUGUGCUGUAUUAUCCACAUCAUAGCCUUCCAGAAACAGACUGACUGCAUCGCGUAUGUGAGGGUAGAAAUGAGGAUUUUACAGUUGCAGUUCGGUUACGUUUAGCAGUCAUGAAUUUGUCAUUGAGAACGAGAAAACUGACACGCAGCAGAAGUGGACCGCAGGCGCAAACAAGCUCCACCACCAGCAGCCAGUUUUUCUCGUGUAGACUUUCAAGAUGGAUGCUCUCGCCUCGAUAGGUUUCUGUUUCUAUUUCGUAUCGGACUGUACAUACGCAGAGAGCCAGCGUGUGGAGACUGAUGAUCUUUCAGCAUAAUGAGGAUUUAUCACGUUUGAAACGAUAAAAGUGGAUUCGAGUGGAUAUUUUUGUUUCUACGCGUUUGGACGUCGGUUAUUUUUUUUAACUUCCUGGUUGUCGCAUGAAUAUGUUUGCUCAAACUGCGGCUAGAGCUCAAGUUACUUUAAAAGGCUCACUGGACGGCGUACUCAUGAGACUUUAUAAUUCUGUUGUGAUGUUUAAAACCAGACACAGCCGUUCUCAGCGAAGGGCAAAGGGACAACGACAGAUUUCGUAAGAAUUUAGCAAUGGAAAGUGGAAAUGGUGAUGCCUCGAGUAAAGGUGAUGAGCUCAUUUUUCCUCUCGUUAAAGUUACAUUUUAAAAUCCUCAAUAAAUCUGCUUUUUCCCCCCCACUGAGGUUGAGAUAUACACCCUGAUGUAGAUAUAUAUUUGGACGAAAAUGGACGCGUGGAUUAGGUGUCGUUUGCCACAAACAGUCCCAGGCUUUUAUUAACUCCGGAAAACUUUUCUCCAGUUGGAGGCGAAAACGCAGUUAGUUGUGAUUCAGCCACGUUGCUUGUAUGUUGUGCUCAUGUUUGCGUUUUUGUCUAUUUUUAGGUAAUUUAGUGCCCGUGUCAACAAGUUGUGAUACCUUUCAAAAGAAUAUUUUGGCUUCACUUAAAAGUGCGUACUUGUAUGAGGAGUCUAAGCAGUGCUUCAGAUACAAGUCUGCUGUCUUAAUAAAGAAUCCGGUACUGGAGAACAAGUAUUGUGCUUUUCGAGCAAAGAAAAGAGAAGCAGGAUAUUCAGAGGACGAGCUGAAGGAAUCCUAUGGGUUUUUGCUGUUUGACGAUGUCAACAAGGCAAAUGCACUUGGAGAAACUGGUGUGCUCACAGGAAACAGCACUUGUACAACUCUGGGAGAUCCCUCAAAUGGUGUUUACAUAUCCAUGUACUCUGACUGUUUGGAUCUAAAUCGCUGGUAUCAUGGGAAAUCUGGAUACAUUGCCAUCAUCAGGCUGACAAAGGGUAGAGUUAAAAAGGUUUUAGAGAAUUACACCCAGAAUUUCACUACGCCCACUGAGGGGUUUGACUGUCACGUGUCAGAGCAGUUGUCCUCAGUAUCUGCGAAAACCAGCUCCUUUCUUGCAUUCGAGAGGACCCAGUAUUACAUGUAUGAGCUGCUAGAUGAUGGAAGCAAUGAGACUGAUAGGUCUCCCAGUGCUGCCUGUCCUUUUGCCAUUGUAUCGUUUUCAUACACGGAUACCAAAGCAACACUUGUAGCACCACAAGAGAAAAGUAAGGAGAAAGAACUGGUUUGUCAUUACAUUCCGUGGAGGGGUCAGCUUCAAAUAGGCCCCUAUUACUAUAACGUUGAGCUGAGGACUACAGCAGGGGCCUUGAUCCCUGCAGAACUGCCUCCGGUGGUGAAAGUUGAGCAAGCCAUUUCCAUGAUAGAUCUGAGACAGCUGUUGCCAAAGACUGUUUUUGAAACCGGCCUCUCUGGUGAAGUCUUUCUGGAUGGCUUAUACUGCAGCCUGUGCGAGUUGUUUCUUUCUGAGGCAGAACAAACCAGCUCAUUCUCUUUGGUUCUAAGGGAGAUCAAGGACAAAGAUGUUGCUCUUACGGUUCUGCUGAACGAUGGUGGUUUUCUUAUCCUGUUGCACUCCUGCAAUUUUCUCACAUUUGAUGGUACUGGAUCCAGUGCAACUGAGGUUUUGCAAGGCAUUUUUGUGUUUCCAGACUCACGAGUUAUACGAAGAGACACAAAACUUGGACAGAGAAAGCCUGGCAUUUCAUCUGAAAUCCUGCGGGUUUUACCAAUACUAAGUUAUGCAGAGGGUGAAGUUGAAAAAAAAACAACUGACCCAUGUGAAGAACUGUGUGAAGUACUUGUGCAGCAUAUGCAAAAUUAUGCAGCACUGAUAAGUCCUGGGUUGGCAUUAAGCCCCACUAGGGAUUUAAGCAUUUUUCCAGAUCAGUAUGAUGUGCCAGAUGCCCACAAGCACCUCUACACAUCCCCAGAGUGGACUAACAGGGCGUGGCAGAAUGUCAGGUCAUACCUGAGCAAACCAGUCUCUUUUCAACUGCCAGUAUCCAAGGCUUCAGAAAUCCUGUCAGCUGGACAAGAGGAGCGAAUAGAAGAUCUUGAUGAUGAUGUCUACUUCUGUCUGUCCUCUCCUGAAGAGGCAUCAACCAGUCAUGUUAGCAAUGCAUCAGAAGAUGAGUUGACUCGAGAGAAACCUGCUGUAAAUGUUGAGACGUCUAUGGACAGUUGUAUGAGAAGUGCUGAAGCACAAAUUGACUUAACAGAUAUGCCUCAACAUGUUGUAUCCGAGGAUUUGCAACCUGUUAUAAAAGACACUGAAAUACUUGACCAGACUUUGCUGAUCAAAACUGAUAAUAUGGAGACAACAAAUCUCGUGACUCCCACUACAUCAGAUGACCUUCCCACAGAGCUUAUAGUCAGCAUCACUUCGGCAGAGCAAACUGUCAACAAUGCAAGUGUGAUCAGUACUGAGUCUGCAACAAAACAGAAUGACUUUCAGCCUUCUGGUUUUUCAACAGCCAAAUUACAAACAUCUGGAGUGAACUCUCUGGAUGAUGAGACUGUUACAACCAAAAAGGCUUUUGAAUGCCCUGAGCUCACCAAUCUAACACAAACAAAACGUAAGAAACUACACAGGGGACUUCCCAAAGGUCAGAAACGUGUCUCCACUGAGACCCAGAAUUUACAAACAGUCAAAAUACAAAUGGAAGAUGACAACUUGAAGAAUCAUACGCAAGACCGGGCCAAAGAGUCAUCAGAAUGCUCACAGUUGAGUAAUCCUUCAAACAUUGAUUGGAGGAAAGUGCGAAGGCGAAAGCGCAAAUUUGGAAAGCUGUCAACAAAAAAUAAAAAAGUGAAAUCUGCUACUGUUGGUUUGGCAGUAGCAAAGGAGAAAAAAACAAACCCUGGACAGCAGAGCUUUGACAGCACCAUUUUGAAAGAACUUGAAGCUUUUCCUCUGAGAAAGAAAAUGGAGCGGUGGGACUUGAAGCCGGCUAUCAGUGAAUGUGGGAGAAUCUUGGUUCCUUAUGGCUCUGUAGAUAAUGUUGAUCGGAUUAAGACUUUAAAGGAUGAUGUUCAAUCAACAAAUAAAGAAAAAAUGUUGAUUGAUGCCUCUGUGAACACUCAAAACACAGAUGAAAUGGAGCAAGAGUCUAGCAUUGCCUCAGAGACAGCAGGGAACAAAACAGAGGCCACAAAAAGUAAGGGUGAAGGGAACCAUCCUCAGAACAUUUUUGUCGAUCAUGUUAAUCCUGAAGACAGCAUAGAGAGACAGUCAGAUGAUGGCAGUGGUUCAUUACCUUUGAAUCCAGAGAGCAAUGAGCAUUCUUCAGAGUAUAAUGGAAAAGACACUCCUCCCUUAAAAACGGUUCAAGAAAAACACACUGAUACCACCUCCCCAGAAAACCGUGCAACAAAGGGUGAAAUUCUCUUGAAUAAGCUAAAAUCAGUUCUUCUAAGGGGAAAGAGAAAAGCAGGCAUUCUUGUGACAGAGAAAACAACUGGUAUUGUCCAAGACACUGAGCCUCGAUUCAAGAAAACAACUGAUAUUGUCCAAGACACUGAGCCUUGUUUCAAGAAAGGCAAAGUUGACUUGGACCCUGAGAUGCUGAAGAGUAAUGACUCAAUUACUUGUGUCCAGGAUGCCAAUUUAGGUGUCAAGGAAGUUUCAGAGAUGAUUUCAGUUGACCCUCUUUUUGCACUUGCCCUAGGCCUGACCCCUAAAGAGACAGCAAAUAAGAUACAUAAAUUUGGGGAUCAGGAUAGUCUUCAUGGUAAAGAGUUAUCAGAGUCACAAGAGCAAACCAUUGUGGACAAACAACCUGAAAUCAUACAAAGGCCUCUAUCAAUUUUUCCAAGACGGGGAAGGAUUAAAACACUCAAAAAGCACCAAGGCAUCUCAGCAGAAAAUGUUAAAAAGAAAUGGUGGUUACAUUUUCAAACCCCAGCUUGUUUUGCCAGUGAAAAACUCAAAUACAAAGAGUGUAAUAGUGAUAAUUCUGUCAGCAAGACAAAAAGUAGCAGUGCUUGCCCACCCACAGACGCUUUGAACUUGCUUGCCGACUUGGCACUCAGUGCCAGUAGUGACCAGGUUCCACCACAACCAGACCCAGCACAAGGGACAAGUUUGAAGGAGUGUGACCUAAGAAAAGAUGCACCCAGUGCUGAACAAGAGUCAGUUCUUCAUGCUCUACUUAGAGAGCGUGCUGCUAUACCCAUUCAGCCUCUUGAGUCUCCUUCACCCAGCCAUCUUGUGGGGGGCAGUGAAUUGGUUGCUUUGAUAUCUAAAGAACAUGCUUACUCAUUGCCCCCGUCUUCCUCUCUACUGUUGGAUUUGUCAGGUACACCCUUCCAGGUAUCCCCAUUAAGUGGUUCUACCAGACUGCUGCACCAUCACCAGACAAUGUAUAGUGAUGGAAUUAAAACACUACACCAUACUGUCAAUCAAGAAGACAGAAGUGAUCACAACCACAGGACCCAAGAACACGUGAAAAAACACAUGAUGCACAGAAGAAAGUUCAGGCACUCCCGUACUUUUGUUAAUAAGGAUGGAUCUGUCCAAGUUACAAAGCAAUGGAAAGAAAACUACGACUUUAGUCUAGACAGCAAGUUUACAAGUGACCCUAAAUAUAGAUCUAUCAUCCGAGCCUUGCAUGGGCCAUGGGACUUCUCCACUCGAGAUACCAAUGAAGAGUUACAGCUCAUUGUUCACAUGUGGAUAGGUCUGUUCUACAGCCGGUCAACAGCCAGGUUCUUCCAUUUUGAUUCAAACUGUACAAACCCAUGUUCAGAGGACAGUGAUUCUUCGGGAAUGGCCAGUGGAGUGAUGACAGCCCCAGCUCAAUGUGAGCUCAAGGCCAAUUCAUUUGCUCCUCACUUGAAUGAGACGGAUACUUCAGAGACUUUGACAUCAAAAGCUUUGGACCUCAGCAAAAAAGAUAACCCUGUCUUGGAUCAAGGAUCUGUGAUUUUGGACUUGUCACUGAAAAACACCAGUGUAGAGAUUGUCCCUUCAGAUCCACAAGUGAAACAAAAAGAAACUUCUGUGUCUGGUGAACAGAAGGAUGCUAUUGAAACAUUGAACACACUCGAGUCAUCUGUGGGACUACAGAAGUGUUCCAGAAAAAGUGUACACACCACAGAAAAUAUCAGUGAAUGGACUGAUGUCAGAAGCACAAAUGAAAGGACUUGUUUCCCUUUCCAAACAGCUGGUUGUCUGGAGAACACUGAUGUACCAUAUUUUAAAGGUGGUGGAACUUUUACGUCUGUAAAAGAGAUGGAAAGUGUAUCUGACCAGCAAAAUCAUCCAACUGCCUCAGGAAUUGGCCAUGUGUUACAUGGAUGCGACAAUGAGAAGACAGACAUGAAAAAUGGCAUUGAAAAUUCAGAAGCUACAGAGAUGUGUUCAGUGCAAAAACAGGAAGGGGAUUCAUCCAAAUCUAUGACAGAUCAAGAGGUAGACGGCCCCAAAAAAGCAGAUGAUGUGGUUCUUGCAACCGAGCAUGAUGAAAGUGAACUCAAAGAUGUGGAAAACUGGAAAGUGAAAGAAAAGCCAUACCAAGAGGGCGAUAUGCAACUUUCUCUAAAAAUUAUUUGCACAGGCAGUGAUUCAACAAACAAAGAGUCAGGUAUAGUCUGCAAUGGAAAUCUUUUGGAAAACGAGAAGCAGUUAUCUAGGGAGGAACCUACAGCAGUCUCAGCAGGCAAAGCUGAAAGUGUUACUGAACCUGUGGGUUGUUGUGCAGUGCAUGAAGAUAAAGUAAUUGAAAAUGAUCACUCUGGAAAAGAAGAUGGGCUAGAUGAGAAAAAUCCUGCCAUUUCAGACAUGGAAGCUGACAGUGAUUUGAAUGCACAGCCAUUACCUGUGAUGCAUGAUGGCUCAGACUCAGUAAAGAAGGAUUGCUUCACAGAUUGUAACCGCCAAAUACAAUUGGAAGAGCAACAGCCUCAAGCAGACAACAAAGAUGAUGCCUGCUAUGAUUUGCAGUUGAGAAAUGGCAGUGUUUUGAUAGAUGAAUAUUCCAUAUCAGAAAAAGCUCCUCACACCCUAUCAGAUAAGGAGCCUACUGAUGAUGAACCUGCAGUUCAAGAAAGUUCAGAAAGUGAUAUUUGUUUGGCAAAGUUGCAUGAUCAAUCAUUACCUGUGUGUGAUAGGCCAGACUCAGUAACCAAUUGCAUCACAGAGUGUAAUGCCCAAGCACCACUGAACAAGAAGCCACCUCAAGGAGAUGAGCAAGAAGAUGCCUGCCAUGAUUGGCAGACCCUCAACUGCAAAUCAAAACUAUGUGCAAAUGGCUUUGCAUUAACAAAUGAACAUGCCAUAUCAGAAGAUGCUCCUCAAGCUCCAUUGGAAAGAGGCCCAAUUUAUAGUGAGCCUGUAGUUGAGGAAAAUUCAGAAAAAUAUAUUUGUUUGGUACAGGUGGCACAUUCUCAGAAGGUAGCGUCACCCAUCUCUGAUGAGAGCUCCUGCUUAUUACAUGGGUCUUCUGCAGAAGUGUCUAUUCCCCCAGCAAAUGACAGUGUUGGAACAGAAAGCCAGAACAAAGUAAUGCUUAAAUUAAAUCCAAAUAGUGAUGAUCAUGAACAUCGGGAUACGAAAUCAGUUGAGGGAGAGCAAAAUGUUGAUAACAUAACUCAACAGUCUCAUUUACCUCAGUGGGAGAGGAUAACAAAGUGUAAAACUGAGGUGGCAUUGAGAAAAGAAACAGAUCUCAAUAGUGACAAAACAAAUGAGGGACUGGAAAAGGCUCACAGUCGGGUUGUAAUUCCAUUCAUUGGAAUAGACAUCUCUGGAGAAGAUACAAUAGAACCAGAAGAAGCUGAAGACCAGAAAGAACUGUCAUUUGUCAGUGAAGCUACUUGCCCCAAACCUGCCUUGUGCAGUUCAUCUGGAAUGUACAAUAUAAAGGCAGAACUGCCCGCUAGCAAAAUGUCACCAUCACUUCUUAAUGUACGCGAAACCAAUGAGCCAGAGGUCUUACAACAUGAGUCGAACAGCCGGUGCCCUACCCCAACUAUGGAUGAGGAACCAUAUCAGUAUAUCACCUGUUAUGGCCCGAAUAGUAGUAGUAGUAAUAGUAGUAGUUCUUUCUUCAGUGGUAGUGAAACCUGCAAAAAUGUGGCUCUAAAUUGUCUUAGCAGAAGCUCAACAUUAAUGAAGGAUAAGAUGCCCCUUGAGCAAAAACUAAAGUCUACAGUAAACAGCAAUCCCAACCCUCAUGCUCUUCCCCCCAAUCUUGAACAAAGAAGUUUAGGAGUUCAACACAGUAUAGAUAAGUUGCUCUCCAAGUCAAACCCCACUAACGGAUUCAGCCAUCUCAAAACAACUGAUAUGAAACACCCUCUUGAUCAGACAAAUAAACUACAGGGAACCUCCAUAGGACAAGAACGUUUUCAUCCCUACAGAUUCUUUUCCUCUACUGAGUGUUCGCAGGCUUUUAAACUAAACAUCGACCAAGAUGGACACAAAACAGCAUUACAGACCAAUUUAUGUCAUGAACCACGAACAUACACUCAGCGUCCUGUCAUGGCUGUGAAACCAUCUAAGAGUGAUGAGAUUCAUGCAGAUUGCAGUGCUAAAAACAGAGAAAUUGAAAACUUUGUAAUGUCAAAGUUUUCCAGAAAUAACCCAACUAAAACAUCCUUACUCACAUGCACCGCACCAGCUUCUAUGAUCUUUGAGAAAAAGACAGAAAGUCCGAAGGGAAAUUCUGCAGCACUACAUGAUGAUAAACAAGAGGCCAGUGACUCCAGGAAUCCUUCAUCAUCAUUUCCUGUGCAGUCUUUUCAGUCUCAGAAAUCUUCCUCCAGUCUUGCUGAUGGAAACCAAAGCUUUGUGACAAAUAGUUUGAUUGAGAAAGUUGGGCAAACAACUAAAGAGAGCUUUGAGAUUGAUCAGAAAGACUCCUCAGAUGCUUCAACUUCAGCUGCGUGUUACAAAGAUGACAGUCUCUUUCAGGGACCUCAAAGCUCACUCACAUGUACAGUUUUCAACAGAAGCCAGAAGAGAUCGGAGUCUUUUCUGGAGCAGAUUUCCAAGAGGUGCCUACAAGAUGACCUCACUGAGGCAUUAAUGGAACAGGAGUGCCUUAUUUUCUCAGAACAAAUGAAACAGCUUUUGAAAAGGAGUAAAAAGGGACCCAUCCACCAUACAGAUGCACAACACAAACUGAAUUUGUCUGGUUCCAAUCCUAUGAUUGUGCGCUUUUCCCUUCUAGAGGAGCAGGAGGAUUCACUGGAACCUUUUGAUGCACCGUCACUUGUUGGACAGAAAAUCAAGGUAGACAUGUCUGACAGGAAAGACCUGGCAGACACGACAGAGGAAGAAAAUACUUUGUUUCCUCAAAAAAUAUCUGAAGGAAAAGGCAACCCAGUAGAACAUGCUGGAAUAUCAGGUGUGACUGCAGAAUGUGCCAGACAGUACACUGCAAUGAUGGAUGAUGUUUGUGCUGUCAGAAAGUUCCCAUCUAAACUCAAGAACUUCAGAAUGGAUAGAGGUUACACAAAGACUGAACCAUGUAACCAUUUUGACUUCUGUGAUCAAAUGAAGAGAGAGGUGGAUGAGAGUUUCCGCAGUAAUCUGAAUUCAGUUGUGAAGAAGUCCUGCAAAAUGAAGUACAGAUUUUACAUAUUAGUGACAUCAGAUGAUGCCUUCUUUGAGGAAACAAAGGCACAGUUAGAGGCAGAGGGCCAUACUGCUGUACAGCCGUCUGAAUUCUUCCUUGGUGAGGAUAGUUCUUCGUCUCUGCUCAUCGUCCUCAGGAAUGAAGACAUUGCAGAGCACAUUUGUGAGGUCCCACAUUUGCUGAAGCUUAAGAAGUCACCAGGUGUGCAGUUCGCUGGAAUUGAUGAACCAGAUGAUGUUGUGAAUCUCACUCAUCAGGAGCUUUUCAUAAGGGGUGGUUUCUUCAUGUUCGACAGAGUAGUGCUGGAGUCCCUCAGCCUUUGCAACCUGAAAAAAAUGGCAGAAAUUUUGCAAGACCUAAGCAGAACAGGGAAGUGGAAGUGGAUGUUGCACUACAGAGACAGCCGUCGGCUAAAAGAAAAUGCAAGAUUGAGCACAGAGGCAAAAGAGAAGAAGCACUUGUUAAACUGGUGCCAAGAAGUUGGAAUAUUGGAAAUCUUGCCUUACCAUGAGUGUGACUUCAUGUCAAGAGAUCAGCCUGACUAUCUCACAUGUUUGGUCCGUUUACAGGUCCAGAAUAUAUCAACCCGAUACCCUGUUUUUAUAACUGAUACAGCAACAACAGGCAGCUCAUUUGAAGCCAAUGGAAUCUUAACAAUGACUUUUGGCUCUAUCCUGACGUGUUCUCCGAGUGAAAUAUUUACAGUGUGACCUGAAAAAAUAAGAUGGACAUACUGAAAUUGUGCUUCAAGUACAACUCAAAACUCACUGGAUGUGAGAAUAAACCAGUAAUUUACCAGUAAUGGUGGUUUUUUUUUUGUUUUGUUUUUUUUUUUUUGUUUGUAAGUUAUCAUUCAUGAUGCCAGUAUGCAGCUGGGUGUGCUGUGUACAGUAUGUAUUUUGUUUUGUAUAUUUUUAUUGUAAGUUGUAAACAAGUUAUUAGUUAUUUUACAGUGUAUAUUUUGUCUUUGUUACAAUCCUGACUUUAAAAACUUGCUGCACAAUCAUUGUUGCUUGUUAAAUGAUUACUUUUUCAUGUUACCAAGGCAGUUCAGAGAUUGUUUUGUAGACACAAAUUGAUUUUGGUACCUAGACAAAGCCUUGCAACAAACUAGGCGGUUUUCAAUUGGUGUGCAUUUUACAUAUUUAAGUCUAUUAAUGUACACUGUUAUGGUUGCUGACAGUUAUUAUUAACCCUUAGUGUUUGUGCAGAACAAUUUAACAUAAUCACUCAGUGCUUACUUAAUAUGUGUAUUUUUUUAUGAUACUCACUGUACAGCACAGAGACUGAGAAUAAAUCGUUUUGCUUCAAAAAAUCA